UAGAAAAUAUUGAAUAGUGUGCCAGUGAACUCGGCGAGAGCUAGAAAUCGCGGUGUCGUAGUAACAAUUCAGAAACCAAUCCCUCUCUCCUCUACCACCGAGUCAUGCUGAGUCAAUUGAAAAUGGUCUCGGUUUUUCACUUGGAAGUUCCAACUCUUUCACUCCCUCGUCUUGCCGUCACCACCCUCUGCCUACCUUCCCUCUCCGCUAAUUUCCGGUGUUUCCACCGCUCCGCUCGAGUUCCUAGGCUCGCCGCCGGCUACAACGUCGCCGGUAAUUAUGUUCCGCCAACGAGUGGAGUUUAUACCGUCGGUGACUUUAUGACAAGGAAAGAGGAUUUGCAUGUGGUGAAGCCUACUACACCUGUGAAUGAAGCUUUGGAAACUCUUGUUGAACAGAGAAUUACUGGUUUUCCUGUGAUAGAUGAUGACUGGAACUUAGUUAGUGUUGUUUCAGAUUACGACUUGUUAGCAUUGGACUCCAUAUCAGGUCCUGCUCGAAAUGAUAACAGUUUGUUUCCAGAAGUUGACAAGACUUGGAAAACUUUCAAUGAGGUUCAGAAACUUUUGAGUAAGACCAACGGGAAGUUGGUCGGUGAAUUAAUGACCACUGCACCUAUGGUUGUUCAGGAGACCUCCAAUCUUGAAGAUGCAGCCAGGUUAUUGCUGGAAACAAAAUUUCGCCGACUACCAGUUGUAGAUGCUGAGGGGAAGCUGGUUGGGAUUAUCACAAGAGGAAAUGUUGUAAGAGCCGCACUUCAAAUUAAACGAGGAAGCUAAAGGAAAGAAUGAUAGGACUUAAGAGGACCAUUUAAAAUGAUUAUUUCUUGCAGAGUACAAUGCCUAUAGUUACAACCAAUAAAAAAUUCAAGAUAAUAUUGAAACUAGGAUUGAAUAAUGCACCAAAUUAUUUCCUAAAAUUAAGAGAACAGGCCAAUUUAUUCUCCGAAAUUAUUUAACUUUGGUCAUUUCAGUUCAUAAUUUUGUAAUUUUAAGGACUAAAAGUUAUCAUCAUUUAGCAAUGUCAAGAACUAAAAAUGAUCGAAACUUGAUGAUUUUAGGGACUAAAUUAUAUAUAUAUAUAUUAUUUUAGAUACUAAAUUUGAUUAGUGCUAAUUUCAAGAACUAAUUUGGUGUAUUAUUACCUGUAGUACAAACUUUAUUAUUAUUUUCAUUGCAUCUUGAACUUUUAUUGGUUGUGAUGAUAAACUUUGUUUUCAUAAACGAAUUGUUCUUCAAAGAUUUUUUAUUAGAUUUCAUUCAGGGAUUAUUUAGUUUAAAGAGAUUAAAAUUAUAAUUGUC